AUGGAGUCCUUCGACGUCCCCGACUCGACCGACUGGAUCGGGACACCGCUAGCCGGCCUCAUGCAAGUCGAGCAGGCAUUUCGCUGCCACGUAUGCAAAGAUUUUUACAACUCGCCCAUGAUCACCUCCUGCAGCCACACAUUUUGCUCGAUAUGCAUCCGGCGGUGUCUGUCGGUCGACGGCAAGUGCCCGCUCUGUCGGGCACUCGACCAGGAAUCCAAGUUGAGGGGGAACUGGGCUCUGCGGGAAGCCGUUGACGCCUUUGUCAAGUCUCGCAAUACGAUAAUGCAGUUCGCCACAACCCCGGUCUCUGUUUCCACCCCGAGAUCCCCAAAGAGGAAAGCGACGGAGUUGGAGGAGCCGCUGCAGGAAGCGCAAAAUAAGAGACCUAGGAUGACGACAAGGUCAAGCAAGGCGAAAGCGGUAGAAGCGAACGCUGUGCUUAUGCGCGAGGAGGUGGAUGUGGUCGAAAGCGAGGACACACCGGAUUACGAGCCUGAACCAGGUAUGGGGACUGCGAACGAUCAGGGUCAAAACUUCUCGACUAACCCGUAUUUUUCAGACGAUGGCCUCGUUGCAUGCCCGAUCUGCUGGGCACGAAUGAAGUCUUGGCAAGUUGAUAGACACAUCGACAAUUCGUGUCCGGGGUCUCCCCAACCACAAAAGGCGUCGUCAUCCGCCACAAACAACCGCGGAGGGAGCGGCUUUGACUCGACUCGAAGCCUCUUUCAGAACCCCCCAACACCGACGAAAGCGCCUGAACGACUUCCAGCACUCGCAUAUUCCAUGCUCAAAGACACGGCGCUGCGCAAGAAGAUGGGUGAACUCGGGCUGUCGACGGCCGGCUCGCGGCAGAUGCUCGAGAAAAGACACCAGGAAUGGAUAACGCUAUGGAACGCCAACUGCGACUCGGCGAAACCCAAGAAGCGCUCGGAGCUCAUGCACGACCUGGAAGUGUGGGAGAGGACAAUGGCCGCCCAGAAGAAGGACGAGCCAAGCGAAACCGGAGAGCCGGGACCGCCGAGGGAGGACGGGAAAGGGGUAAAUGGCACGGGGGCGGUGCCGGAUUUGUUGCAAGGAGCCGUAGUAGAUCUUACAGGCCCGCCAUCAAGCCAGCUCGAGCCGCCAGAUUCGCCGCUGAAGGGGCCGAGAGGCCCAACGAGUAGCGGUGUUGGCUUUACCAGCCAGGAACCGAUUCUGGUGAAGGAGCUCCUCUUCUUGGGGAGCAGCGUCACGGGCGCCGACUGCUCGGUCGUAUCGUGGCUCAUCCAUGCACUAAUCCACAGAAUUAGAAUUAGCCUCUAUAUCAUUGCCCGCGGCCGCAAAAACACACAAGGAGGGGAUCUCCGCCGAUCAGACAUCGGACCCCUCCUUCAGGGACAGCCUACUCAUCAAGUCCUCCGCAUCCCGCACAUCCCUCUUCACCGCCUUGGCCGCCGCCCUCGCGGCCUCCGCCUCGGGCCCCUGCGCAGCCGGUUCCCCCUCAGGCACCUUGCCAACACCCUCCAACCUCUUCCGCAUUUCCUCCGCCUCGACCCUCCCGCGCUCCUCCCGCGCCACCCUCUCCCUCUCCUCCACCACCCUCCUCUCCUCCCCUUCCAACGCCGCCAACUCAUCAUCAAUCUCCUCCUCAUCCACCACCACCGUGCCGGCCGACUCGGCGAGGAUGCUGCCGACCUCAUCCACGGCGGCCAUCUGCUCGCGCAGGCGGUCGACGACCUCCUCGACGCGCUCGACGCCGCCCACGCGCGCGUGCAGGCUCUCCAGGGCGGCGCCGGACGCCUCCAUGACCUGGACGAGCUGGACGUUGUCGGCGGCCUGCUCGAUGCGCGCGGCGACGUCCUCGAGCUGGCCCGCGGUGGCGAGGCGGCGCUCGAGGGUGGAUUCGGCGAGUUUCUUGGAGCGGAGGGCGGCGAGCGCGGCGGGGCGGUUGGCUUUGCUGAGGGCUUGUUUGGCUUGGGCGGUGAGCUGUUCGAUGCGCGCGGUGAGGAGGGCGGUUUGGUGCGCGAGGGAGGCGAGGAGCUCUUUGAGUUGGGCGAUGGAGGUGUCUUCGGGGGUGAUCUCGGCGGGUUCCGGGGGGUUGCUGUCGCUGGGGGAGAGGAUCUUGAUGGUGGUGCCGUCGUAGGCGAUGACGGAUUUGUCACGGGAGAGGAAGAGGAGGAGGACGUCCAUGUCGGUUUGGGAGAGGUGUUUGCCGUCGAGGAGUUGGUCGUUGAAGGUUUGGUAGAAGUGGGCUUUGGAGAAGGUGCGUUCGAAGCGGGUGAGUGUGGCGGCGACAGGUCCGUUUUGGGCGCUGAAUGCCUGGCCUACUUCUUCCACGUUGGAAACCACCACGAAUUGCCCUGGCGGAAGGGAGUCUCUCUUCAACAUGUCGGCUACGCCGAGCUGCUUCAUGGUCCAGGAGGCGAGGUUCCACACAGACCACGGGCGGCGGUAAAUGCUCUCCUUGGCGUCGAGGAACUCGCGUAG